AUGUUCUACUAUUCCCGACCAUCAUAUCAGGUCUAUACAUCGGAUGAUUAUAAUCCAGAGAAUACUGGACGAUAUCCAACAGGAAAAUCAGUCUAUGGAAAUGAUUCAACAUAUUAUGUUGACGGACAAAAUGGUACAACAUGGUUACCACCCCCACCGACAUCAGCUUAUCUACCAAAUGAUCUUGCUAAUAAUCAUGGAUCUUUUACAGAUUCAAAUGGUUCAUGUUUACCAUCAAUGGCAAGUUUUCGAUCGCAACAAGGAGGAACAUAUUCAAACAAUGGCAAUGAACAAACAGUACAAACCGGAGAAACACUUGGCAAAGCAUUACAAUCUAUCUACCCAAGCGAUCAUCCUUAUCCUUCGACACCAUCGACUCCUCUCUCUCCUCCACCAUUAAAUGGAUCUAGUCAAUCAUGGGUACCUUCAGCAUCUCAAUCUUAUCACAAUCAAUUACAUCCUCUUACAAGUCUAAUCGAUCUAAAUGAUGAACCUUAUUAUUUACUCAAUUUGAAUGAGCCACCACGAUUAGAUGUUGAUGAUUCAUUUCGUCAACCACCACCAGAUUACCAUCAUUAUUAUGCUGGCUAUCAUCAUCCACAUUCCACUGGACCUUAUUCGGCAUUUUUAGCUCAUCCACCAAGUUUACAUCCAGCAUCGACAUCUGAUACAUCAUCAAGAAAUCGACAUCAUGAUCCAUAUUUAACAUAUCCUAAUCCACCAUCGACAUCAUCAUCAACUUCAUCGACUGAUGCAAAUACUGCUGUAAAUCCUGAUUUAAACGUUGAAUGUAUUGAUAAAGUUAAGUUAGAUAUUGAAAAUAAACCGCCACCACCACCAACACCACUACCGCUACCACUACCAUCAACAGCAAUAACAACAGCAACUGGAUCAUCUCAAUUAACAACAGAUAAAUUAAAUGAAUUCAAUCUUCGACAACAAAAUUUAACUGACUUAUCACAAGAAAAUGCAUCACCAUUAACAAUUGCUAUUGGUGGUACAACAAAUAAUGUACAUAUUGGUCCAUCCUCAUCAUCAUCAUCAAAAUUACGAAAUUCAUUGACACUCAGUCCAAAUAGUCAAAUGAAUUUAUCAUGUAUGCGAGGUGGACCUGGUUCUGAAGGUAGUAUUGAUCCAGAUGAAACUCCUGAAGAACGUGAACGACGAGAAAAAGAUCGCCGAGCAGCAAAUAAUGCUCGUGAACGAUUACGUGUACGAGAUAUUAAUGAUGCAUUUAAAGAACUUGGUCGUAUGUGUUCAAUUCAUAUGCGUAAUGAUAAACCUGUUACAAAAUUAGGUAUACUUCAACAAGCAGUUAAUCUUAUAACAACACUUGAACAACAAGUUCGAGAACGAAAUUUAAAUCCUAAAGCUGCAUGUUUACGACGACGUGAAGAAGAAAAAUCUGAUGAUAUUAAUGGUAAUAUGAAUAUCAAUGGACAAAUGCCACCAACAGGUACAGGUAUUAUGUCAACUGAAUCAUCUUCAAUAGAUAAUUCAAAUUACUUGGAACAGAUGCAUCAAUCUAUUCCACCAUCUUAUUGGCAACAAUGA